GUGGAAGCUGUAGUCUCAACGCUCUGUUUCAUUCCUCGAAUCCCCCACUCGCACAAACGCCGAGUCUAUCACUGUCUCCGAUACAAGCUCCGCCGUCGAUUUAAUCCAGGGAAAUGAGGAAGAAAGUGGAUGAGCGAAUUAGAACUCUCAUUGAAAAUGGUGUCAAAACAAGGCAUAGGUCCAUGUUUGUCAUCAUCGGUGACAAGUCACGUGACCAGAUUGUAAAUCUUCAUUAUAUGCUUAGCAAGGCACAGAUCAAAUCCAGGCCAACUGUUUUAUGGUGUUACAGGGACAAGCUUGAAAUAAGCAGUCAUAGGAAGAAACGUGGGAAGCAGAUUAAAAAAUUGAUGCAGAGGGGUCUUUUGGAUCCUGAGAAAGUUGAUCCAUUUUCGUUGUUUGUAGAAAGUGGGGGAUUAAAAUAUUGUUUAUAUAAGGAUUCGGAAAGAGUUAUGGGUAAUACCUAUGGGAUGUGUAUACUUCAGGAUUUUGAGGCGUUGACACCGAAUCUCCUAGCAAGAACGAUAGAGACAGUUGAGGGAGGAGGUUUGGUUGUUUUGUUGCUUCGUUCGUUAUCCUCGCUGACCAGUCUGUACACCAUGGUGAUGGAUGUGCAUGAUAGAUUCCGAACUGAAUCCCACUCUGAGGCUACUGGGCGCUUUAAUGAACGCUUUUUGUUAUCACUUGCUUCUUGCAAGGCUUGUGUGGUCAUGGAUGAUGAGCUGAAUGUGUUACCAAUUUCAUCUCACAUAAGGUCUAUUACCCAAGUUCCUGUUAAAGAGGACUCUGAGGGACUCUCAGAAGCAGAACAGGACCUGAAGAAUCUUAAAGAACAACUAAAUGAAGAUUUCCCCGUUGGACCAUUGAUUAAGAAGUGUUGCACGUUGGACCAAGGAAAAGCUGUUGUCACUUUUCUGGAUGCAAUUUUGGACAAGACACUUCGUAGUAUUGUUGCCUUGUUGGCUGCCCGUGGCCGUGGGAAAUCAGCUGCUCUUGGUUUAUCAAUUGCUGGAGCUAUUGCUGUGGGGUAUUCAAAUAUCUUUGUAACCGCACCCAGCCCUGAGAAUUUGAAUACGUUGUUUGACUUUAUACGCGAAGGUUUUGCUGCACUUGACUACAAGGAACAUAUUGAUUUCGAUGUGGUGAGAAGUGUGAAUCCUGAGUUCAAGAAAGCUAUUGAAAGGAUCAAUAUUUACAAGCACCACAGACAGACAAUUCAGUAUAUACUGCCGCAUGAGCAUGAAAAGCUCUCGCAAGUUGAACUGUUGGUUGUUGAUGAAGCAGCUGCUAUUCCACUGCCGGUGGUGAAGUCUUUGCUUGGCCCAUAUCUGAUCUUCCUGUCUUCUACGGUUAAUGGUUAUGAAGGUACUGGACGCUCUUUAUCACUAAAACUUUUGCAGCAAUUGGAAGAGAAAAGCCACGUGUCUGCUAAGAGCACAGAAGGCUCUGUUUCUGGUCAUCUGUUUAAGAAAAUAGAACUGAGUGAAUCCAUCAGAUAUGCUUCUGGGGAUCCCAUUGAAAGCUGGCUUAACACUCUACUUUGCUUAGAUGUUUCAAAUGUCAUCCCUCAUCUUAGCAGGUUACCUCCACCUAGUGAGUGUGAUCUAUACUAUGUUAAUCGGGAUACCCUCUUUUCCUAUCACAGAGAUAGUGAAAUAUUUCUGCAGCGAAUGAUGGCCUUAUACGUUGCUUCACAUUACAAGAAUUCUCCAAAUGAUCUGCAACUAAUGGCAGAUGCUCCAGCACACCACUUAUUUGUACUACUUGGACCUGUUGAUGAAUCAAAGAAUCAACUUCCUGAUAUUUUGUGUGUCAUCCAGGUUUCCCUUGAGGGGCAGAUAUCUCGUCAGUCAGCAAUGAAAAGUUUGAGUGAUGGUCAUCAACCUUCUGGAGAUCAAAUACCAUGGAAAUUCUGUGAGCAAUUCCGAGACACAGUUUUCCCGUCACUUUCCGGUGCUCGCAUUGUACGCAUCGCCACACACCCGAGUGUCAUGAGGCUUGGAUAUGGCUCACAGGCAGUUGAGCUUUUAAUACGUUACUAUGAAGGACAACUUACUCCUAUCUCUGAGAUUGAUGUUGAAGAUGAAGAGCAGGCUCCUCGAGUUAGAGUUACAGAAGCUGCAGAGAAGGUUUCGCUACUUGAAGAAAAUAUAAAACCUAGAACAGAUCUUCCUCAUUUGCUAGUACAUCUGCGUGAAAGACGCCCAGAGAAGCUCCACUACAUUGGUGUCUCAUUUGGGCUAACAUUGGACCUUUUUCGCUUUUGGAGGAAGCAUAAAUUUGCUCCCUUCUACAUUGGCCAGAUUCCAAAUGCUGUGACCGGUGAGCAUACAUGUAUGAUUCUAAAACCCUUAAACAAUGAUGAAAUUGAAGUUGAUGGAUCAAAUCAGUUGGGCUUUUUUGGUCCGUUCUACCAAGAUUUCAGGCAAAGAUUUACUAGACUUCUGACUUCCACUUUUCGUGGCAUUGAAUACAAGCUUGCUUUGAGCAUCAUAGAUCCAAAAAUCAAUUUCACGAAACAAGAACCUGCGAAGACUACUUCUGAUAAAUUUUUGGAGUCAGUUAGAGAAUAUUUAUCACCCCAUGACAUGAAGCGCCUAGAGGCUUAUGUUGACAAUCUUGCUGACUUUCAUCUGAUUUUGGAUUUAGUUCCCACCCUUACACAUCUGUACUUCCAAGAAAAGCUUCCAGUUACAUUGUCAUAUGCUCAAGCUUCAGUGUUACUCUGCAUUGGUCUGCAGAACCAGAACAUUUCGUACAUUGAGGGACAAACGAAGUUGGAAAGGCAACAAAUAUUGUCUCUAUUUAUAAAGGUUAUGAAGAAGUUCUACAAAUAUCUAAAUGGCCUCGCAUCCAAGGAGAUUGAAUCAACCUUGCCACGACUGAAAGAAAUUGUCAUGGAACCUCAUAGUGUCUCUUUGGACGAAGAUCUCAACAAUGCAGCUAAACAAGUUGAGGAUGACAUGAAGUCAAAAACGGAAGCACUCUUUACUCCUGAAUUGUUCCAGCAGUAUGCAAUUGAAGAUGGAGAAUCUGGCUUUGAGAAUGUUAUACAAAACAAUGGAGGAAAUAUACCCACAGGUGGUCUUAUUAGUGUGAAGUCCAGUCGGAAUGUAGGAAAGCCUGAAAAAGAGAAGGGAAGUCAUAAGAGUGACAAAAAGCGUGGUAAAGACAACCACAACCAUAAAUCAAGUAAAAGGAAAAGAUCUUGACUAUGAUAAGAACCAUCAUAGAUAAUACCAUGAUUCCAGGUAUUGUUAGUCCUGGACAGGAGUCAAAACGGUGAUAUAGAGCAAAGUAAACGUCCAAAUUGAAAACGAGGGAAAGAAUCAUCAGACAAGAACCCACAGAUCCCGGUCUUGGUGGCCGAGAGCAAUUGUUUUUAUAAAUUUGAGUACAGGAUUCUGUAAUACCGCUAUACUCGAUGCUUUUUUCUCUUCUUGAUGUUUUCAUCAAAGAAAUCAGAGGACAACAUUGAUGUAUUAUUAGUAUUUGACAUAAAUGCAACAGCUGAAGAGGAAUAUAUCCACAUAUCAUUCAGUGCAUGACCACAGUU